AUAUUUUGCGUUUUACUUUACAGAACCCUUGUACUUCAUUGAUUUCAACGGAAUGUAUGCGCGUAUGCCAUUAAAAACAAAAGCAGUUCUUAACACGAACUCUUAUCAUACUGACAAAUCACAUAAAUUUUCGGUUCAUCAACAGUACAAAUUUUCGUAACUAAUAAACAUCAAAAUUACAAGAUAUGUAAUAACUGUAAUCGCAAAAUAAUGAAUUAAUCCCACUAAAUACAACAUGAAAACCUGACAAAUUACCCACAAACUGUCAACAAAACAUUCAUUAAAUUAACACAAAGGAAUAAAUUGUUAAACAGGUUAUUAUGUAUCAGAUAUUUAUUUAAACCUUGGCCCUAUGUAUUAGUAUAUCCUCUUAUAAAUUAUUUUUUAUAUAUAUAGGUACUUUGUAAGUGCAGCUAAAUAUUAUUUUUAUAAUUCUCUAUUCUCUUUAAAGAACUGCUCCCUUCUUGAAGUAUCCAUCUUUUAAAGGUUUUAUGAUAUAUUACUUUCCAAAGGAAAACAUGCGUCGAAAUCCACGAGCAGGUAGCGGCCUUACAAAGACGCAAAUAAUGCGUCAAGCAAAGGCCGCUGCCGUGGUGCAAGAAUUUGAAAAAAGACACGAUGCAGAUAUGAAGUAUCAGCCAGAUCCGCUCAAGACACGUAAGAGAAUCCUUUCGUAUGAGCCAAAAAAGGUGGACUUUAAAAAGCCAGGGAUGACCAAAGCAAUGUUAGCUAGAGUAAAACAAGCAGAAAAAUUUAAACAAGAUUACGAACGCAGGCAAGCGGCGGUAGGCGGUGAUCGGGUACCUAGAAGGACACCCGCUCCGAUAGGAGGUGAUUCCAGGUCAAUGUUGAAUGAAAGAGAAUUUAAAUUUCCUUUGAACCUUCAUAAUGUUCAUUGUUACAUUCGAGUAAAGAAAAUAUCUCCAAGGUUUCCAUUACCAUACAAGAAAUCUCUUUUAAUUAGGAUGGGCAGAGAAAGGAUACCAGCGUCCAGAGUAAAAUCACGUUCUCCAUCCGCGUCUCCUCCAAGAGCUGGACCCAGUCAAGUGAGACCAAAGACACCUCAGAAAGCUAUAUCUAAGAAGACCAAUGAAUUAGCUAGAAUGUUGAAUGCCGAUGUAAUCCAAGCUGAACCAAUUGGAGCUGGACCAAUCAGCAACAUUGUGAUACCACCUGGAACAGUGAACAAUGAACGAACUACUGUUGUUAGCGUACCACACUCGGCUGUACAAACUGAAUCGAAAAUAACGUCGGAAGUGGCAAAUCGGUCGAUACAAGUGAUCAGUGAAACUCUUAAUGAACAAGAAGCAGUAGAAGUUAAAGUAGUGAACAACAGACUAACAGAAUUACAACAAGCUAGAAGAGAUUUUGUUAUUGCUGUAGCAAAUGUUGGUGGAAAUGCUGUUAAUAUUGGAGAUGAAACUCCUCCUGCGUACUUAUAUAGAGUCCAUGAUAUCGAAGACGAAUACCUCAAACCAAAAUAUGGAAGAGAUCAUCCAGAUAUUUUAGCUGCCCGUGAAUUUUUGGGACAAAAAGAAGCAGCCAGAAGAAUGGAAGAAGAAUUUGAAAGAAUAGCAGCAUCUGAAUAUAUGCCAGAUGAAUUACAAUUAGAUGUUCCUUUCGAAGAAGAACUUUACCAAGAUAAAGACAUAUCUUGGGAAGAAGAUGAAGAAAUUGGGGUGCCUAUGCCUCGUCCAUCUAGAGUGAAAGCUUAUACAGCUCCUGUGCCACAGCAACAGAAAAGUUUUCAAUUUAAAUCCUUUGAUCCAGAAGAACUCGAAAGAUUCUUUGAUCUUGAGCGUUUCCCUCCUUGCCCAAUAUGUGGACCACCACCAGGUAGAGAAGAUUUACAUCCCGAUUUAUGGGAGUUGGAAGAUCCAUGGUACAAACCUCCUCCGCAGCCUGACAUGCCAGAUCUUAUGGAAUUCGAUUUAAUGGAUUUCGACUAAAGUAACACUGACCUAACAUUCACCUUCUUUGUCUAAUGCUAGCGUAUUUCAUUGCAAAUAAUUCUUUACGAUGAUUUCCUGUAAAAUAUUUACGCCUCGUGUAAUGUAAAACUGCUAAACAUAUGUAAAUAGUAAUAAUAACAACAUUUUAUACUUAACAAUUCGAAACACUACAGCUUGCUUCAGCUAAACCUAACCUCUUUCGAACACAUACGAUCAUAAAUUUAACAUGUUCAUCUGGUCUCGUACUCAUAUAUAAUUGUGAAAUCAAAAUAUUGAAUAAAUAAAGAAAGUACAGUUGCUCAAUAAUUUUACGGCUUUAAUUAACGGUCAUCAAAUUUAAAUCCUGAUAAAUCGCAUAUAAAAGUGUACACUGUACAAUGCUGUACAUAUAUACAUGACUG